ACUCGCGAAUCGUUGUAUUUCUUCUAUCUAUGAUAUAGCCAUUGGGAUAACUUUUCCUCCCCGCCAUCUUAAAAAAUUCUUUCUUGUUGCCUCUUCCUGCUGAUGCACGUGGAAGUUCAAGAUGUCGUCACACUUGAAUUGGAUGAUAAUCCGCGACAACAAUGCCUUUCUUCUCAAGAAGCGCAACAUCAAUAAGCCGUUUUCUACGGAGGCCAACAACUUGACGAAUUUGAGCAGUUAUCGUUACUCCGGUGUGAUUCACCGUAAGAGCGUGGGCAUCGUUGAUACUCCUGACAAAAAGGGUUUCACAGUUGUCUACAAGAAGGCCAAAGCGGUCAACAAGCCCGCCAAAGCUACUGUAAAGAGCACGAUGAAGGCAGGAGCUCGUCGUUCUCUUCACAAGUUGAAGACUCUUCUUAGAAAGAACAAGUAUCGUGUAGAUCUUACUAAGGCUGCACUACGACGAGCCAGUGCUGUACUGCGAUCACAAAAACCGCUUCCCACUAAGAAAACACGAACUACUAAAAAGACCGAUUAAUUUGUAUACUUAAUUGAAUAUACAUUGUAAAUUAAAAUA